UACUGUAUGUGAGUUUCAGUUGCAUUGUGAGAAUGACAGCGGAGCAGAUGAUGUUCUCCGUGAGAAACCUCAAUUUGAAGCCCGAGCAGCAGCAGCAGCAGCACAUGCCACACUCUAAUGGACCUGCUGGACCUGAAACUGGAAAUAAACUAAAUUCUGUGUCCAUGAAAACUGACCAGCCAAUGGAGUCUCAUUUAAAAAAAUGUGCUGAUGGAAGGAUUGAUCACAGACUACAAUCUUCUGGAUUUUCACCCAGCUGUGUCUCCUUCAACAGCAACAAGUCAAAAAGCAUGAUUUAUAGGUUUAAAAAGCAAGAUCCUGAUGAGCUGAAGAUUGAGGACUGGGAGAACUCAGAGGAUCAAAGUCAUCAGUUUGACCUGGACUCCAUAUUUAGGCAACUGGAGGACAAUAUUAUCUCUUUUGUGAAAAAUGAAUUGAAAAGCCUGCAGAAGAGUGUGAGUCCAGAUAACUCAGAAGGCAAUGAGUUUGAGGAUGACAGGUUUUUGGGGUGUGACGAUAAACAGCAGAAAGAGUCAUUUCUGAAGAUCGUGCUGCACUUCCUAAGAAAAAUGAACCGGGGGAAGCUGGCUGACUGUCUACAGAACAAAUGCCAUGCUGCAGUUUGUCAGCAUAAAUUUAAAUACAGUCUGAAGAUGAAAUUUCAGUGUGUGCUUGAGGGCAUUUCUAAAGCAAGAAACCCUACCCAUCUGAAUCAGAUCUACACUGAACUCAACAUCACAGAUGGGGAUACUACAGAGGUCAAUAAUGAACAUGAAGUCAGACAGCUUGAAACAUCAUCCAGGAAAGUAGACAGGCCAGAAACAACAAUCAAACGAGAGGACAUUUUUAAAGGUUUACCUGGAAAAAAGGAAGUGAUCAGAACAGUGCUCACAAAGGGAGUGGCCGGCAUUGGGAAAACAGUCUUAACUCAGAAGUUCACUCUGGACUGGGCUGAAAACAUAAGCAACCAGGACAUCCAGUUCACAUUUCCAUUUACUUUCAGAGAGCUGAAUGUGCUGAAAGAGAAAAACUUCAGCUUGGUGGAACUUGUUCAUCACUUCUUUACUGACAUAAAAAAAGCAGGAAUCUGCAGCUUUGAUGAGUUUCGGGUCAUGUUCAUCUUUGACGGUCUGGACGAGUGUCGAUUUUCUCUGGACUUUCACAACACUGAGAUCCUGACUGACGCUACACAAUUCGCCUCAGUGGAUGUGUUGCUAAUAAACCUCAUCAGGGGUAAUCUGCUUCCCUAUGCUCACCUCUGGAUAACCACACGGCCUGCAGCAGCCAGUCAGAUUCCUCCUGAGUUUGUUGACAUGGUGACAGAAGUCAGAGGGUUCACCGAUGAACAGAAAGAGGAGUACUUCAGGAAGAGAUUCAAAAAUGAAGACCAGGCCACAAGCAUUGUUUCCCACAUCAAGUCAUCACGGAGCCUACACAUCAUGUGCCACAUCCCAGUCUUCUGUUGGAUCACUGCUACAGUUCUGGAUGAUGUACGGAAGACUAGAGAGGGAGCAGAGCUACCAAAGACUCUGACUGAGAUCUACAUCCAUUUCCUGGUGGUUCAGUCUAAAGUAAGGAAGAUCAAGUAUCAUGGUGAUGCUGAAACAGAUCCACACUGGAAUUCAGAGCGCAAGAAGAUGAUUGAAUCUCUGGGAAAACUGGCUUUUGACCAGUUACAGAAAGGAAACCUGAUCUUUUAUGAAUCAGACCUGACGGAGUGUGGCAUCGAUAUCAGAGCAGCCUCGGUGUACUCAGGAGUGUUCACACAGAUCUUUAAAGAGGAGAGCGGACUGUACCAGGACAGGGUGUUCUGCUUCAUCCAUCUGAGUGUUCAGGAGUUUCUGGCUGCUCUUCAUGUCCAUCUGACCUUCAUCAACUCUGGUAUUAAUCUGCUGGAAGAUCAGCUAAAAAUGCGUUUAUUGUCUAAACUGUUUAAAGAAAGAAAUUAUUUAAAAUAUCUCCACCAGAGUGCUAUUGACAAGGCCUUGGAAAGUCCAAAUGGACACCUGGACUUGCUCCUCCGAUUCCUACUGGGUCUUUCAACUCAGACCAAUCAGGGUCUCCUUCAAAGCUUGCUGACAGACACACAAAGACAUUUUGAAAGCAAUCAGGAAACAAUCCAGCACAUUAAGAAGAAAAUUGGUGAGAAUCUGUCUGCAGAGAAAAACAUCAAUCUCUUCCACUGUCUCAAUGAACUGAACGAUCGUUCUCUAGUGGAGGAGAUCCAACAGUCUCUGAGAUCAGGAAGUCUCCCUAUAGAUAAACUGUCUCCAGCUCAGUGGUCAGCUCUGGCCUUCAUCUUACUGUCAUCAGAAAAUGAUCUGGAUGUGUUUGACCUGAAGAAAUACUCUGCUUCAGAGGAGGCUCUUCUAAGGCUGUUGCCUGUGGUCAAAGCCUCAAGAAAAGCCGUAUUGACUUUCUGCACUCUUGCAAAGAGAAGUUUUGAGGCCUUGUCUUCAGUUUUUACUUCUGAGUCCUCUAGACUGAGAGAACUUGACCUGAGUAACAACAACCUUCAGGAUUCAGGAUUGAAGCUAUUAUCUGCUGGACUUGGGAGUCCACAGUGUAUACUGGACAAUCUCAGGCUGAAUGGCUGUUUCAUAACAGAACAAAAUGUUGGCUCCCUGGCCUCAGUUCUCAGCUCCCAAACCUGCAGCCUGAGAGAGUUGGACCUGAGUAACAACAACCUGCAGGAUUCAGGAGUGGAACUACUGUCUUGUAGCUUGCAGGGUCCUUCCUGCAUGCUAGAAACUCUGAGACUGAGUGUCUGUAACCUCUCUGAAACAAGCUGUGCAGCCCUGUCCUCAGUUCUCAGCUUGCAAUCGUCUAGUCUCAGAGAGCUGGAUGUGAAUAAUAACAACCUGCAAGAUUCAGGAGUAAAAUUGCUGGUCAUAGGACUGAAGAAUCCACACUGUAGACUGGAAACUCUCAGGAUAUCAGGCUGUUUGAUUACAGAGGAAGGCUGUGCUUCUCUAGCCUCAGCCCUGACUUCUAACCCCUCUCAUCUGAGAGAGCUGGACCUGAGCUACAAUCACCCAGGAGACUCAGGAAAAAGGCUGCUAUCUUCUGGGCUUGAAGAUCCCCGUUGGAGACUACAGAGUCUCAGGUUGGAGCCUGCUGGUGUCCAGUGGCUCAGACAAGGUCUGAGGAAGUAUUUCUGUGAGCUCACAGUCAACACAGAUACAGUAAACAGAAACCUCAGACUGUCUGACAACAACAGGAACGUGACAUACGUGAAAGAAAAUCAGUCAUAUCCUGAUCAUCCAGACAGAUUUGACCAGAAUCAUCAGCUGCUGUGCAGAGAUGGUCUGACUGGCCGCUGUUACUGGGAGGUUGAGUGGAGUGGAGGUGUGCAUAUAUCAGUGAGUUACAAGAGAAUCAGCAGGAGAGGAGAAAGAAAUGACAGUUGGUUUGGAGGGAAUCCUCAGUCCUGGAGUCUGUUCACCGAUGGUGGUUACUCUAUCUGGCAUGAUACAAAAGGAACAUCCAUCCCUUCCUGUUCCUCUUCUUCCUCUGUCUCUGGCAGAGUAGCAGUGUAUGUGGACUGUCCCGCUGGCAUUCUGUCUUUUUACAGAGUCUCCUCUGACGAGCUGAUCCACCUCCACACCUUCAACACCACGUUUGAUGUUGAUGAACCUCUGUAUCCUGGGUUUGGACUCUGGUCUUGGUCUUACUUAUCACUGGCUUCCUCGGUACGUUUGUGUUCUUUGCAGAAAUAAUUCACUUUUGUUAAAUAAACUCAGACUGUUGACUGUGUCACACUGGUCAGGAUCACACACAGCUACGCUAACUAAGCAUUUAAAGUGAGUUUCACUAUUAGCCACAUUCACUCACAAAUAUUCAUGCAGUGCUUUAAUCUAUGUCUAUAAGCACUUUUUAUCUGUCAUGCACAAACUGACUGCUGGCUGCACUGGAUACCCUCUUAUACAUUUAUUAAAGGAGGAAAUUAGCAAAACAGUUGUUGUAACCAGGCUGUAAACGUGUUUUCAUUAUGUUGUUGCCAUGUUGUAAAAAUGUUAAUAUUUUCAUAUUUUUUUAACAGUAUACUUGUAGAUGUGUUUUCAAAAAGUACUUGUAUAAAAUGUAAAUGAACACAGAAAUCAAUCUGCAAACUAUUUAAACAUAAUAUUUAUUAAAGACAAUAUGAAGAAACACAUAAAAUUCUGAGAAAGUGUAACUUUUUUAAAAAUUCCAGUUUGAAUGGGGUGCCAGCUGAAUGUUUGCCUCUUUUGAAAGGACUCGUCGCACAAUUUUUCCAAUUUUCUGUUGUUCAUUUCUAAUGAGUUCAUGGCACGAGUUGGCAUGAAUUGCACCAUCGGUUGGUUUCCUGUUCUUAGCUAACAGGAAUGGCACCCAGUGUGAUCUAAUGCUGCUGUAGCCCAUCUGCUUCCAGGUUUGAUGUGCUGUUUGUUUAAAGAUGCUCUUCUGCAUACCUUGUGUUAUGAUAUCAUUUGGUUUUAUUUUGAAUAUGUUAAAAUAAUACAAUAACAAAAAAGGAAAAUGACAAGUUUAUCAUAUAUUAUUGAGAUUUCUACAUCACACAGAGGAUAAAUACUGGGUGAGAACACCCAGUCAAAGCCCCCCUUGUUCCCUGUAUAUUGCAAAACUAGAGUGAUCGCUCUAGUUUCUCACAAAGUCUGUUCCAUAGCUUCACUCCCAAUCCAGUAUCAUGGCAAAGCGUGUAAUAGACACGCUGGUCCACAGUGUCCAUUUCCCACCCAGGCUAAGCGUGAGCUGCAGAAGUUGCAGUAAGCUGCAGUACCAGCAGAGGGAGAUAUUUUAUUUCAAUCCAACAUGAAAAUAAUCACGGUUACACAUUUAAAGAGACAACACAUUUACAUGUAUAUACACAUUAGCCACCUCUACAGUUUCAUGCC